CCUAAAUCCGCCACUGGAUGGUUCAAAAUCUGAUUUUUUAACUGAAGGGAGAUGGGAGACGAUGACAAGUAUUAGAAACUUAGGAAUCCUACCCAAGAUAUUGAAAAGUAAAUGAAAGGCGUUGAAGUUAUGGAGUUUCUCUGCCCCUUAUUGAGGGAAUAUGAGGGGUGUACAUUUGCUCCUGAUGCUCUCCUCACCGCUACUUUUUGUGGAAUGUGCCCGAGUUAAAAGAAUAGUUGGUGGUGACCCUGCCGAAGCGCCACCACAAGAUGACCCUACUGUAUACACAAAUUUCGGAGGAAGAGUGGCUCGGGUUCUGGGAGUUCAAGAUUUCCCGCACUACGUCUUCAGAGGAAUCAGAUAUGCAGAACCGCCUACUGGGAAGGAUAGGUUUUUGAGACCCCGUCAGAAACUACUAGCAGAUGACGUAAACGCCACGGCAUUUGCACCACCCUGUAUACAACCACGUCCUGGAACAAAUCAAAUAAUUGGAAGCGAGGACUGCCUGGCAUUGAACGUGUUCACACCAGAAUUACCUACGGGUUCUGAAGGUCUUCCUGUGGUAGUUUGGAUCCAUGGUGGAGGUUUCAGAUAUGGUUCUGCAUCUCAAUAUGGGGCACGUCACCUAGUUGGUAAACAACUAGUUGUAGUCACCAUCCAGUACCGCCUUGGUUCAUUAGGAUUCCUGAGUACGGGUACCAAACAUUUGCCUGGAAACGUUGCCCUUUGGGACAUGGUACUCGCGGUGCAAUGGGUGAGGAACUACAUCGGGUUCUUCGGUGGAAACCCAUAUAAGAUCAACGUGAUGGGACAUGGUACUGGGGCUAGCAGUGCCCUCAUGGUCGCCCUGUCUAAUGUUGCAAAGGGUAUGUCUACUGGCGUUGUGGCCAUGUCAGGGACUGCAGUUUCUAACUGGGCCAUGGACAAUGCGCCUAAAAAUACCGCACAGGAUGUCGCUGAACAAAAUGGUUGUCCAACAUCUGAUCCAGUCACAAUGGUCAAAUGCUUGCAGAACCUACCGCCCGAGGAAGUAAUAAGGGGAGACUCUAACAUAGAAUUCCAAAGAAUACAAACAAGAGGCUUCAUGUCCGGUAUGUCCGGUGGCUUAGGAAGCGCUCCGGUUAUAGAAGGCUACAAUGAUGGCAGAUGUUUGCCUGGAUUAGUUGAAGCUGACCCCGCUCUGGAUCUUGAAAUGGAGAAAAACCCUAAAAUACCACUUUUGACGGGCAUUUGCAAGGAUGAAACAAAAAGAGCUGUACGAGGUCAUUUGAAGAAUGACAUAGUGGAUAAACUCAACAAAAUUCCCAACUUCUUGGAUACCGAGCUUGUCGGCCAUCUGAGAGAUGAACUGCCAAUAAACAAGAUAACUGAGUUCCAUAGACAAGGAAGGCUGAACAAGACACUUGAUUUGCUGCCCCUAAAUUUCGGAAAAUAUUUGGAAACGAAGAAGCAAGAUCUUCAAGCGUCUCUGGAUAAAGUUGCAGAUAUCACUGCUGAUGCACUCUUCAGUGUUCCUGCAUUUUUGACAGUUGACAAAUGGUCCAGAAAUGGCGCAGCGACUUUCUUGUACAGCUUCGAACAUAUAGGGAAACGCAAAAAGGGGAAAGUCUUCCUUAGAGGAUCAUUUUUCAUUGGAAAUGAUACUUCAGAUUCAGGCGAGAAUGAUGACACAGUAGGCCACGGAGAUGAAUUAGAGUACUUGUUUGACGCCCAUGACCUAUCUGGAAAACCAAUAGAUAAAGAUCAAACGUGGGAUGAAGAAGACAUGCAGGUACGAGAAUAUUUCACGCAACUUGUUGCCGACUUUGCCAGGCAUGGAAAACCACGCGUAGGCAAAAAAGACGUUAAUCCGUUCUCGCCGAAAAGCAACAACUUUAUACAAAUCAAAGAUAAACCGAUCUUAGCAGAAAACUUCAAGUUUUGCGAGGUUGGCCUUUGGUGCAACUUCGCUGAUAGGUUGAAGACAUCUACUUGUUCAUUCUUAGAUGCUUUCAAUACUCAGCUGAAAGCUGUUGGCAAUGCUGUGAGUAGCGCUCUGAACAAGACUGGUUUGAAUCUCGGAAGCACUGAUAUACUUGGCAAGGUUCAGAAGCAAACUCAAGGUAAUGGAUCACCGCUCAACCUUGGGAAUGCUGAUUUGCUUGGAAAUGUGCAAAAGCAAGUUCAAAGCACAAGUGGAAGCAAAACUAGAGGGCCACUGAAUUUUGGAAAUGCAGAUUAUAAGCCUAAAGUGACAAACCUAGGUGGUAUAUUAGGAUAGUUAUUAAGCAGUGGAAAUUAUUGUUAUAUAUGUAAAGUGUAUUAUUACAAAUAAAAUGAAUCAAAGCACGUACUAA